GGUAGGAGAGACUCGAGUAAAUAGAUGUCAGCCUCAUCGAAGCAUCCUGAUACGGCAAUGGCCGGCUCAUAGUAGUCGCUUACCCCAAGUGAAAGCGCGUCGGAGAGCUCAUCGUAUCGCGCCAGGCGGAGGUGCUGCUGGCGCCCGCGGUCGGAGGCCCGUGCGCAAUUAUCGCUCUCUCGCAUCUUUGCGUCCCGUCCGUCGACCAACAUCGCCCGCUCGUCAAUUGGCACUCCAGGCAACCCCGCAGCCAUGCCUCGAUCACUCGCCCGGCUCCGGUACAAGCCGCCACUAAAUCCCGUCACUUUCGCCAAUACCACCAGGCGCAUCACUCCGCAGCAUGUCGAGCACAUGCAAAAACGCAUCGCCGUCUAUGUCGAGCGCCAAUCCAACCCCAGACAUCUCCGUCUGCAGACUGUUGUGAAUGAAAAGGCAAGGCGGCAGGCGACGGGCCAGCGUGUAGUGUCGCCCAUCAAGCCGUAUACGCUUCGGGAUGUGGUUGAUCCCGAGGGCACAGCUCGGCAUGGCGAGAUUAUCUACAUUUUCCGCAACACCAAGACGAAUCAGAUCAUCUACUCGCUGCAGGAGCUUCUCGACACCCACCACCUCGAACAACUCCCCUUCAUGGGCAAGCACACGAAACCCCCCGUCCUCCGCCCCGACGAAUGGGUCCCCCACUGUGUCCUUACCUUUCCCACUCCUGCACAAGGCCAUAAUGCUUUCCGCAAACUGCGCGAGUUCCGCCGCCUCCACGAGACAGCCUGGGACAAAACAAAUCCAGAAUACCUCCGCAUGGACCGCAAGAAGCGCAUGCUAAAAAUCAUGGACCAACGCGCCAACACCAGCGCCGACCUAGCAGAGGUCCUCCGCAUACAAGAGGCACACGGAGCCAAGACAAGGGAAGAGCAGGAAGAGUUGGACAAGAAAGCGACCGUCUACUUGGACAAGCGAUGGGAACAGAUUGACGCUCUGGCAAAUGCGGGGUUGGCCAAGGAGAAGCCCACGGAUAAUGUAAAGUGGCUCCAAGGCCAAAUUCGCUCCAUGGACCUCAAGUUGAAGAUGAAACACAACCAAAAUGAAGCAGACCAGAAGAGUCUAAAAGCCGCCAAGGAGAGUCUGGAAACCCGGCUACGGAAGCUGUCAUAUGCGUUGCGCAAAGCAGAGCAGUUCAAGAACUUACAGGAAGACUUGGCCAAGAAAGCGGCGCCAGCUAAUGAGAUUGGUGCGCAGGGUCAGUUGGAUGAAUUGAGAGAUCAGGCGCACGUUCUGGCCCAAGCACUCGAGAACCCGGAUCCGACACGUUCAAAGGCAGAUUUGGACAUGGACAAGGAGAUUCUAGCCGGCCACCGCGCCAAGAUAUCCAUGCUCGAACAGGCAUUCGACGCAAAAGCCCAAGCCGAAGCAAGGGACCAUUACAUUGCAAGGUCUGUGCUUCCACAGGCACUGAAGAAGAAGAUUGCCGAACCGUAUACGCUCGAGGGCGUGAGUGUGAGGUGGGCGGAUCUGCAAGACGCGCUCUAUGCGGCUGGUCAGUGGCCUGACGCUAUUGAGCAUGAGCCCCUCGAGAUACACAAGGCGCGCGGAGAGACGUUGUUACUGAGCGCCGAGGAGUUUGAGGCGGAGAAGCGGAAUGAGGUUAGGGGGAUGAUGGAAAAGAUGGGCUUGUUGGACGGAGAGUACUUUGGUGUGAGUGGGCAUGGAAAUGAGAAUGCGUUUGCGUAUGGAGGUGCUGCUGCUACUGCGCAAUAAGGAGGUGUGUAUGAGGUAUGUAACGAAAUAAACUGUAUAUGUACUUGGCAGAUGUACUGUCCCUUCUGUGGACCGAUCCUUUGUGUCUUCGUGGCACUCUCUUUUGUUGUACAAACAAAGUGGUCACCUUGCAUAUCUUUUCCUAAAUUGAAAAAGGCGUAUCGUCAUGCGCUCUGGGUGCGCGGGAGGAGGCAAAGGAAAGUUGAAAGGAGAGGAUGGUAGUAGUCUGACUAACAAUUGGGGUAGCAAGAUCAAGAACGCUCAUCUUGGG